AUGGGGCGACCCGCCCGCUUCUUUAGGUAUCAUUAGCACCUCUUCGUACUCCCGCGGUUUGUUAGGGGUUGCCAACGACGAGACCUUAUGGACGAUGGAGCGCCGGUUUGAUAUCCUUUCCGAUUUCUUCCCGGCUCUCCACCAUUUUCCAACCUGGCUGCCUGAUGCGGACCGCCGUGGAAGAAGCCUUAUUGCUCUUGGCUCACGGUAUCGCCGAUGGAUUCGGUGUCAACGAUGUUUCGUCCGUUUCUGAGACCCGGCCAGUUGUCGAAGGUAUGGCCGUACUACUCGUGGAACUGAUAACGGAACAGAAGGUUGUAUGGGACACCUGGUUCACGGUAGCAUCAUGUUUUGGAAACUUGGCAACGUCGGCACCUUGGCUAGACUUGUCACGGGAGAUUGUGGUCCGAGGAUGCUUCGGCUUGGUUGCGUCUAAGGGGCGACUCGGAGUGGUGACGAAGAGCGAUCGCCAGGAGACGCAGUUUCGGGCCGUCGAGGAGAACUUUGCCAUCAUCGAAAUCGAACGGACAGAGGAUACCGCUUUGUUCUGUUCCAGGCACAAAAAGGCGGCCUCAAUUGUGGGUCGUGACUUUCGCUUGGACGAAGACGAGUCGGCGGUGGAAAGCGACGUGAUCCUGUGGCAAGCGGACGACAGAUUUUACCGGCUCAUGCUCCGUGUCAAGACAAAGAACCACUGGCGCGCCGUCGACCCUAGCGCUGCGUUAAUCGCGUCGAUCAAGAUGCCUCACACAUCGGCCCGCUGUCACCAUGGAGCUGAGCCCCCGGAAAUGGCGCCUUCGACCGCGAGGAUCUACACUCUUGACGAAGUCGUUGGGAGAUGGCCAGACACGAUUCAGACCCCCCGUGCUUCCACAGCAGCAGCGGCAAGGAGAAACAAGCAGCCAGAUGAGGUCGGCACUUACUACCUGACCAACGUUUUGGACACCCACAUGAAAAAGAACAUCGCCCUUGCUGUUUCUGUGGAAACGAGGGCGGUGCUCAACUUUCCCGAGCUCGCAUGCCUACCAUGCACGCUCCGCCACGCGAGGGAUGGAAAGAGAGAGUCCAGAGGCAACAAGCGUAGCGAGGACAACGACGCCUCCCGCUAUAUCAUCAAUCUCGGGACUUGGCUCGCGGACCGGCAUGGUGGCGUAUUGCAGAUUGGCUCCUCGGUCGAUGCCAACGGUGCGCUCUGCUGACGAGACAUGUAGAGAAUAAAUCAGGUAGGUAAGGUAGGUACCUACUUUUUGAUAGGAAGAGGUACUAUGCACAAAUUGUGGAUGGCGUUGGGGGGUUGAUAUUCUUUGUUUCUUUAUUGACAUGGAUGGAAGGUCGUGGUUUUUGAAUUCUGCUCGUAGCGAUUUACAUAUGUAUGUAUGUAACUUUGUAUGUACACCUAGACAGACUUUACACAGCAGCC